ACACUUAGAAAAAACUUAGAAAACCCUUCAAAUAUCGAACCGAUUUUGAUCCUCUGGAGCAAGUGUGGAGCCAUGUCAAAUCUACUCGAAAUCGGUAGUUCUCUGAUAGAAGAGGACACGAGAUUGCCAAAUGAGCUGGAGUUGUGAUUCUACAAUCACAGUACAUUCCGGGCUCAACUUUAGUAAUAUUCUACCCGCAAAGAAUUCAUAAAAAAGAUGUGUCAUUGCAACUGACGCCGACAUGUCACAGUUAACCGAAUCCACCGAGUGUGUGACAAGAACCUACCUAUAACUCCAAAUAUUGUCGUUAACCAUCACCGAUGACAUUAUCUGCGUCAACAAUAACUGAUACUAGAAGUCUAUAAGAUGGUCGCUGGUAGUUGUAACGUUUUCGUUCUGCAGCGUAAACCUAUACAGUACAAUUACAUGGAAAAGUGAAAUUUUUAAAUAACGCCGACUUUCGCGGUUACAAUACCGUCAGUAUCGAAUUAUAAUACUCACAUGACUGAAGCUGCAAAUAAUAGCGCAUAAAUAAAACGACGAACAUGGAUGUGGUGACGACCAGUCUUGAGGCCCUUAUACAAAGGGUUACCAAUCCCCAAAAUCAAUUCGCAGACAUAGCUGCAAUCGAAGCCUUCUGUGUGAUGCUGAGCAAAGAAUCGGAAGGCGCUCACAUUGCCAGUAAAUUACUGGCGACGCACAUACAAUCACCCACAGAAUGGGAGGCUCUGCAAGCUCUUGCUUUGCUGGAUGCCUGUAUGAGACGGUGUGGACCCUCCUUUCAUGCAGAGGUUGGGAAGUUCCGUUUUCUCAAUGAAAUGAUUAAAUUAGUAUCACCAAAGUAUCUUGGAAGCCGGACACCUGCCACUGUUCAACAAAUGGUGUUGAAGCUUCUAUAUACAUGGACCAAAGAGUAUGCGGGUGAAGUUAAGAUCAAAGAAGCCUACGAAAUGCUUAGAAAGCAAGGCGUUGUAAAGGAGGAUAUCGCAGGGGUCUCAACUGAUUCGGAAGAUUCGAAUAAACCCUCAAAAUCCAAGCACCCAAUAUUUGAAGAUGACGAAAAGUCGAAACUAUUGCAGAAAUUGUUGCAGAGUAAAAACCCCGAUGAUUUACUUGCUGCCAAUAGGCUUAUCAAAACUAUGGUCAAAGAGGACGAGAGGAGAGUGCAACAAAAUUCGCGAAGAGUUAUGGAAUUGGAAUCUGUUCACAAUAACGUCAAGCUGUUAUCUGAAAUGUUGGAUUCUUACAAUAGAAGUACAGCAAGCGCAGACGACCUUGAAUUAAUGAAAGAACUUUAUCAAGCCUGUGAACGUUUGAGGCCAAAUAUUUUCAGAUUAGCCAACGAGUCUCAAGACAAUCAAGAAAUGCUCAAUGAAGUUCUCGCCGCAAAUGAUGAAUUGGGUCAAGUCUUUGACAAAUAUAUAGCUGUGAUUGUUCUUGGUCAACCGCCGGACAAAACGAAAAGCAGCGCAAACAAUGGAUCCUCGUUGUUGGAUCUAUCGACUUCCAAUGAUCUUGAUCUAUCGACAGUCACCCUUCCUGUUGCUACGAGCAAUGACACCGAUUCUAUACCAAAGAACGCACAGACUGACUUGGAAAUUUUGGGCGAUAUAUUCAGUUCACUAGAGACCAACCCGACUGCACCAACACAAAAUGCACCUUCGCUAUUGCCAGAAACCACCAUUAUGCAGCCAGUCAGUAUUUCUCCCAUAGUCCCUAAAGCGCAAGACCCUACUGAUUCUGCAAAACUCGAUGGCAAGGCAAAAGCACUCGAAGAUUUGGACGCCUUAGGAGAGUCUCUCCUCAAACAAAAUCUCACAUCAUUUUCUGUUUCACGUACACAAUUUAAUAACACCAGUAAACCUUCUGCAAGAGUGCCAAUGAACAGUAUGACAGUGCCUGUAACAACACCGAACGUAAAUGGCUCUUUAAAAACUAGUCUUUCAUCCGGAGAUUCUACCAAAAUUGAUAUCCUUGAAGGUUUGAGACAAAGACCUGAAAUGGAAUUGAAAAAUGGGCUUUUGAGUACUUCCAGGAGUUUAUCAAAUGGCGAUGACUCAUUGGUUGAUAUUACUUGUAACACUAACGAGGAGAAAGUCACAGAAUCUAUAACUGAUGAAACGAUGAAACCUGAAGCUGAAAUAAAAGCUUUACCUACCCCUACGGAGUUGGAAAUCAAACCUUUGACGGACAUCAACGUUACACUUGAAACUAUCAAGCCAGGUACGAUCCCACCGUUGAUGGUGAUAGAGGAGAAAAAUGGAAUAUCCGUGGUCUUACAUUUUGCAAGAGAUAGCCCACGACCGGAUGUGUCUGUUAUCGUAGUAACAACGAUGAGCAAGAAUUCCAACCCCCUUAGUGAUUAUCUAUUCCAAGCUGUUGUGCCCAAGACAUGUAAAUGUAGACUUCAGCCACCUUCGGGAACGAAUCUACCCGCCCAUAACCCUUUUCUACCACCUUCGGCAAUAACACAAAUAAUGCUUAUUGCAAAUCCAAAGAAGGUUUCUAUCUCAUUGAAAUUCAUGUUGAGCUACACGAUGGAAGACGAAACAGUGACUGAAAUGGGAGAAGUGGACGAGUUACCAAAUGCAUAAAUAAUUUGUGAGAUGCUAUGCUUACUUAAAUCGGCUAAGUGAUCCUAUUUAGAUAGCAAAGUAUAAUGGUAUCAAUCUUUACACCUUAGAGACUCACACCAAGGUCUAUAAAUAAUUUUCAAGUCUCGGGAAUCUUCGUACUUCUGGUUUCCAAUGGGAAAUCGUAAAUCACUUGAUUUAAAGCCACUGCGGAUUCACAAUUGCGUACUAGAAUUUUUGAGUUACAGUUGUAUGUACAUUAAAGUUUAAAACGUGAUGUUUAUUGGAAA